AUGUCAGACCAUAUCCCACCCCCGACAUAUUCCCAGCAAGAUCCUGAGGACUCGGUCGAUUCGCAGGCUCAACAUGACAUCUUGUCAGAUCCCCAGAUUCUCAUAAUUCCAACCGCAGAUGCUGUCAACUUUCAGAAAGGCUAUUUGGGGGCCGAGGGCGAACACGCAGCAAUUGAAGGAGAACUUCAACUCAAAGGUGUUGACACUAAUCAUUGGGGACGUGUUACCGUUUCUUUGCGUUCCUUUGAAAGUGCAUUUCAAAAUGAAAUCGAGCUUUCUUCGACAGAAAUCGAACUUUACUCUAGGAUAGCUAGCCCACAUCUCCCUUGUCCGUUGUCUAUGCCUUUCGCAAUUCCCCUCCUGCCAGACACCCCACAGUCGAUCCAGACACCCCAUUCGUUUCUUGGACAUACUUUGACAGCGUCUCUACAUCCACUGGAUGGCCGGGCCUCCAUUCUUUCGAAGAGUCUUACAGUUUAUACUCGUCGAUACUCCUCACACACUUCUGCAGUAUAUUCUUCGCCGGAAGAGCACGCUCUAGAAGAUCCUACACGCGUCGAGGUACAACUUCCUCGAGACACAUUUACAUCCGGAGAGCCUAUCCCACUGUAUGUAACUGUACCCCCUCCAAGCAAGGAAACUGUUGUCGACAAGGGUUUACGCCUUCGUAAUGUUCGUGCUGAGCUUGUCCGAGUCGUCAAAGUCAAACGAGAGCAUUUCGAUGAAGAUGACCUAGAUACUGAUGGCGAGACAGCCCCGGAGGAUUUGGAUUAUCCGCAAAGCAGCUCUUCGCUUCUCAAUCCGUCUGACUCUUAUGAACAACACCAGUCUCUUGCAUCUUCCUCCAAACUCCCAUUGUCACCGCUAUUCCUAGGUUCAUCAUACAGAGCCGUAAUAGCGCGCUCUGGGGCCUCUUGCCGUUUCCACUCCUCCCGUCCUAUCCAAUUACGAUUCGUGCUGCACCAAAAUUCCUCUGGCGCACCUUCUGAAUCACAGACCAACCUUGGUCGCACAGAAAGCGACACUGAAUGCCCUCUUGUUACACAGACCACACUGUUGCACUCGGUUUCGUUUCACAUCAAGGUCCAUGUCUCCUUUGUCGAUACGUCUAAUCAAACAGAAAGAAUAUCUACUCUCCAAAUUCCCGUGACUAUCCUCGCACCACCCGCACCACUUCCAGAGGUAUCACAAUCCCUAGAUGAAGCUUACCAGAAAAAGCAUGACCGACCGCCUGCAAGGACAGUGCGGGAGGAAGAAAACGACCCAUCCAUACCCCAUUACUCUGAGGCAGGCCCCAGUAUGCAAUCAUCUGGCGCCCCCCCUCCCUUCGAAGAGCGUGAUGCACCUCCUCCAUUCUUUGUUUCAUCCUUCGAAGCCUCAUCGUCUUCACGCCUGCCAACCUUUCAAGAAUCAGAGCGUGAAAUAAUUCUUCCAGAUUCCAACGACCUUCCUACUGAUGUAGUCCCUCUGCUGUGUGCAAUCCCCGGAGAAGGGACAAUAUUUGGAUUUUCAUCAGAUCAACAAUUUGAUGGGCAUAUAGAUGAUAUGCGAAGAUCAUCGACGCCUCCUCCAACCUUGGAGAUGGCUUCAAGGGACACGAAUUUGACUGCCCUAACCGACCAACCAGGUCAUGUUGCGAUAGAGGCACUGAGCAUCGUACUUGACCAAAUAGAAGAAGUGGUACACCCCGAAGACAAUCCGCCGCCCCCUCCUCCCGCCAUGGAUGAUCCAUCUGAUCCUCCGCCAUCUAUCGAUUCUGACUUCAGAUCGCCAGGUUCGGUCCAUCAAGGGUCUCCAAGCAGGGCAUCGCCUCCAUUAAAUCCUUCCUACCAUCAAUCCGAUCCACCAUUAAGAAUACAAGCAUCCACUCCCACAUUACCUCCUCGAGAAACGCCCGUAUCUCAUGGACAUGCCCCUCCACCCUAUCUCAAUGCAGAAACCCAUCGUGGAGGUGAAAAUGACCAAGUAAUGAGGCCCCCUCCCUAUGCCGACUAA